CCAACAUAAGCGCGAUUAUCACAACAGUAUUCAUGUUACUAAGGUGAGAUCGCUGCUGCUGCGGGGACUCGGAUAACUGGAAGUGGACCAUGGCGGCUGCCACGAGCAGCAACACAUCCACAGCCACGCUUCAGAUAAAGCACUCCAGUCUUGAGCAUACGCGGAAACGCAUAGACCCUAGGAGGAGGCAAGCGGCGCUGUCUUUUCUCAGCAACAUUUCUCUGGAUGGACGACCCGUGCAAGACGAUGCGGGCAGUCAGAGUGAAGGGGAUAACUCCCUUGAAGCUAGGACUAGACAGAGCCUGGUUUCUCCUGAGCGCUCGACGUACGGAGCUGCUGGCGCAGCCGGAGCUGCUGCUCCUCCUGCCCCUGCUGCUGUGGCGGCUACGACCACAGCUACCCAGGCGCUCGCUUUUGCAAACCAGGCUCUCCACGCCAGCAGUCGGGCCAGUUUGGGGACGGGUCCUACUGCUGCCCCCGCCGGUGCAGACACAGAGGGCGACGCUUUUGUGCCCUCGACGUUGAGCUCGCCUUUCUCCGCGGUCCCAGCCUCGACUAGAGGGAGGCUGCAGACGUACACUCAGGGAAUCCUACCUGCAACCUACUCCAGGCAAGUCUCCCAGAACUACUGCCCGGAGGGCGGACAGAUAGAGCAGCAGAGGUCAAGACGAAGACUAAUCUCUCAGCGCUCUUCGCUUGAAACUCUAGAGGACAUUGAGGAAAACGCUCCUCUGCGCAGAUGUCGAACCCUAUCGGGUUCACCCCGACCAAAGAGCUUCAAGAAGGUCCACUUCGUAAAGAACAUGAGGCAACACGAUAUGCGCAAUGGAAGGAUAGUCCUUAUCAGUGGCAGAAGAUCCUUCUAUAGUGUAUUUUCAGUCCUGCCCUAUCGAGAUUGUAGCCAAGCAGGGGAUGCAAAGCUGGAAGGAGGGCGUCAGCGGCAUCCUUCUGGAGGUGCCAGGGAGAUGGUGAUUGGGCUGGAGGGAGUGGAGUUAGGAGCGGAUGGAAAGACUGUGUCAUACACCCAAUUCCUGUAUCCUACUUAUGUGCUGGGUGGCCGAAGAAACACAAUUGACUCCACCUCGUCCUUCUCUCAGUCUCGUAAUGCAAGCCACCGCAGCCUCAGCUUGGGCCGAGCCAACAGCAACCAGAGCAGCUUAGACACAGGGAAUGAUUUCGGGGACUUUCGUGAGUACGACCCCAAUCUGCUGGAUGACCCACAGUGGCCUUGUGGCAAACACAAGAGAGUCCUCAUCUUCCCCUCCUACAUGACUACGGUCAUCGAAUACGUGAAACCCUCUGACCUCAAGAAGGACAUGAAUGAAACCUUCAAGGAGAAAUUCCCACACAUCAAGCUGACACUCAGCAAAAUAAGGAGCUUGAAAAGAGAGAUAAGAAAACUGGCCCAGGAUGAAUGUGGCUUUGAGGAACCGACAGUGGCCAUGGCUUUUGUCUACUUUGAAAAACUCGUUCUUCAAGGCAAACUAAACAAGCAGAACCGUAAACUCUGUGCUGGAGCUUGCGUCCUGCUGGCAGCCAAGAUCGGCGGCGAUCUCAAGAAACACGAGGUCAAACUUCUCAUAGACAAACUGGAGGAGAGGUUCAGAGUGAACCGCAGGGAGCUGAUAGCCUUCGAAUUCCCCGUCUUGGUGGCGCUGGAGUACCUGCACCUGCCAGAGCAUGAGAUCAUGCCCCACUACAGACGCCUUCUGCAGACCUCCUAGCAUUGGUGACCCAUCAGGAGGACGACCACCGGGUUCUCCUUCUGAUCCCCCUCUUUCUACAGUAUCCAUCUUCCAGCCUGUCUCCUCGUCUCUGUUUGAUAACUUCAAGGUACCGCUGUCUGU